AAGCGCGCGCCAUAAGACGCGGAGCCUGGCUCGGGUCGCCGAACGCUGCGGGCGGCCAUGGCGAGCUGGGUGGGACUCGGGCGCGCGCUGGGGGCCUGCUGCCUCCUGGGCCUCUUCUGCGGCGCCGCGCUGCCCUUCUCGCUGCGGGGCGCGAACCAGAGACCCAUCAUCGGAAUAUUAGCACAGGAAACUGACUUUAAAAGUUUCCAAAAAUUUGGAAGUUCUUACAUUGGGGCUUCAUAUGUGAAGUUUAUUGAAUCUGCUGGAGCCCGGGUAGUACCAAUCAGACUGAAUCGUUCAGAUGAAGAAUAUGAUAAGAUUUUCAAUUCUGUCAAUGGGAUUCUCUAUCCCGGAGGCGGUGUUAGCCUUGAGACUUCUGAAUUUGCCAGAGUUGCAAAGAUAUUCUACAAUAAAGCACUAGAGGCUAAUGAUAGAGGGGACUAUUUUCCUGUAUGGGGGACAUGCCUGGGACACCAGCUGCUUAGCGUUCUCACUUGCGGGGAAGAUCUGCUCACCUGGACUAAUACGGAUGGCCUUGCAUUGCCGCUGAACUUUACUCCAGAUGGCAAAAACAGCGGAAUAUUCCAGAAUUUUCCUGCUGAUUUGUUACAAAUGAUGGCUUCUGAACCCUUGACAUCAAACUUCCACUUCUGGAGCCUUUCCGUGCAGAAUUUUACAAAUAAUGAAAAGUUGCGCAACUUCUAUAAGAUCUUGACAACUAAUGUUCAUAACAACGUGGACUUCAUAUCUACCAUGGAAGCUCACAGAUACCCUGUGUACGGCGUCCAGUGGCAUCCAGAGAAAAACCCAUAUGAAUGGAAGAACUCGACAGGCAUUCCACAUUCCCAGGCAGCUGUAAAAGUCACAUACUACAUAGCUGACUUCUUAGUCAGCGAAGCCCGGAAGAGCAACCAUCGUUUUCCCAACAAAAGUGAGGAGACCAAUGCACUGAUCUAUAAUUUUAACCCCGUUUUCACGGGGCCAUUUUCCUCCUUUGAUCAAGCUUAUUUCUUUGAUUAAAUUUCCAGCCAGAGAUAGGGGAGAGACGGUCUUAGAAAUGAUGUAGCUGAGGCAUCUUUCAGGAUUAAACUACGUAACGCAUUGAAUUAUGAAGAGCCAAGGUGACAAGACUGUUUACAGCUCCUUCUGAAUUAUUUUUUCCAGUCCUCUGUCGAAUUGCACUUUUUUUUGUUCUGCUGUGGAACAAUCAGCCGACAAGAACCCCUUUGAAAACCUCAUUGAAGUCCAUGUGUCUCAAAUUUGUAAUUCAGUGUGAGGACAACAGUUUCAACCCCUACACAAGUUUUGUGCAACUUAUUAGGACUCUAUCCCCCCUCUCAGACACCAUGAAACUCCAGGCCCUCUUCCUCACCAUAUGUACGGCAUUGCUGCGUGGUAAAUGCUCUAAGCUUGUUUGCAGACAGGUCUUGUAAUUGUAACUGCUAGCACUUUUUAAUCCACAUGACGGAGAAAUGUUACGUCCUCUUUUCGUGCACCAGUGUGAAUUUUAAAACCUUAUUUAUUGGAAAAUAUUGAAGAUGCCAGUCUUCAUGUGACUUGAAGCAAAUGAAUGUUUAUCUAUGAUCAGAGAAUUAUUUCUGUUCAUAUUAAACUGUAUUAUUACUGGUUUGAUAUAAACAUGUGCAGCUAAUCAACCUUUUGAUAAAGGACAGGAUUCCCCUUGAAAGUACAUAAAGGAUUCCUUUUUUGUCUUUCCUUUUCUCCCGGCUCCCCAAAUUCAGCAUAGACUAAUCUCCUGUGGUCUCUUCCUUAACUUUCUCUUUGUGUUUUAAAUCAUGCUGCUUUUCCAGGUCUGGAUCAGACACACUCACCCACGCCAGGGAUCAAGAUACCUCCUCUCCCAUUUCCCUUCUUAAGGUCUGCUUGAGGAAACAAUCUGAAUGUUCCCUGAACGUUAUCUUUUUUUAAAAAACCAAAUGUUUUAUUUCAUGUUCUUCCUUCAGAGAACUUGAGCCUUUGAGCCUUGGGGUUCCCACUGAACAGGUCCCUGCCACAUUCAUUUAAAGGAUUUUUAUACAGCCUUUGAUGUAGCAUUCCAAGCUAGUGUAUGACAAAAAGUAACAACAACUUAAUACAUUAAAACAGCAAUAAAAAAACUACAGGACAAUAAAAAAUACAGCAGCAAUUCAGAACAAAUUGAAACCAGAACCCCACCCUCUGGGAUUAAAUUUCAGUAAAAGUUUAAAUUUAAAAUGCCUCACAAUUCCUCUGCACACUGGGACAUAGUGUCACCAUUGCUGUAGAGGCCCUUUACACCAGGCCUUGUUGGUAUUAUUAUGCCUGCCCUUCUAUGCUCCACUUCUACCCAACUGCCUUCUGUACAAAUUUGGUCCUGUGCUGCCUCUCCAACCUUAAUGUGAUGGGAUCUAUGUCAGUUCUGUGUAGUCUAGGCGCUGGUGCUAAGUACAACUGCCUAAGUUAAUAAAAUAAAAUUCCUUCCAGUAGCACCUUUGUUGUUUAGUCGUGUCCGACUCUUCGUGACCCCAUGGACCAGAGCACGCCAGGCACCCCUGUCUUCUACUGCCUCCUGCAGUUUGGUCAGACUCAUGUUGGUAGCUUCGAGAACACUGUCCAGCCAUCUCGUCCUCUGUCGUCCCCUUCUCCUUGUGCCCUCCAUCUUUCCCAACAUCAGGGUCUUUUUCCAGGGAGUCUUCUCAUGAGGUGGCCAAAGUAUUGGAGCCCCAGUUUCAGGAUCUGUCCUUCCAGCGAGCACUCAGGACUGAUUUCCUUCAGAAUGGAUAGGUUUGAUCUUCUUGCAGUCCACUUCUUCAGAUAUCUGAAGUGUGCAUGCACAUGAAAGCUCACACCAAUGACAAAUUUAGUUGGUCUCUAAGGUGCUACUGGAAGGAUUUUUUUUAAUUUUGUUUCAACUACGUCAGACCAACACGGCUACCUACCUGUAACUGCCUAAAUUAAUGUAAUCCUGCAUAUGUCUACUCAAAAGCUAGCACUGUCGAGUUCACCGAGGCCUACUUUCAGCUGAGAACAGCCUUUAAUACAAUGAGACUAGUUAUAUUAAUACAGUACUUGAUCAGAUAAAAGGUGGCAUCUUCCCCAUCAGAUUUUUUUUUUAAAAAAAUAAACAUUGUUUUCAUUACAAAAACCUGCAGGUGGUUGGUGCCAGUUUUGAAGUCACAUAGGGAAUACCUCAUCAUCUAAGGUCAACACACCUCAUAUAAGAUGGUGACAUGUCACAUUGAGACCUAAGAGUUUUCUGCAGAGCAGCUGGGUUUGUUCACAUAGAAUUGCAUGCAUAUUUGAAUGACAGAUGUCUCUUGCUUGGAUGGCAGCUCAGGUGCUAUUAGCUGUAAUUUUACAUUUCAAUCGACUGUAUAUGUAUAUUAAGCAAUGUGAUUAAACAUUCCAAGGUGACGUUUUUUGAACGGUAAUAUCACAGAUAGGAUUUUCAUACACCAGAAGCAAUUUGCCAGCUUGGAAGCCUGAAUUCUUACCUGAAACGCACAUGGACUUUCUGCUCCCUGCAUCGUCUUGAGCCCCAUUUUGCUGAAAAGCCUGAUGCAAGCCAUUUUGUUCUUGGAGAUGGUUGGGCCUCUGCCCGAGAUCCAAAUGGCCACAAGAGCAUGUGUUUCCCACCAUAGCCUGUGUGAAGAGAAAGCUCUGUGCUUGAAUGAGGCACAUUUUUUAGCCUUCACCAUAACUGAAUGUGGCAGGCGUGGACAUACUCCCAACCUUUGGACUUUGGGAUGUUCAACCAGAAGUGAAUUCCAGAUGAGACUUUACCAGUCAUAGGACUAUUUAUUUCUCUCUUUGAUUAUGUUUUAUCCUUGCACUUUUCCUAUACCUGUUUGCCUUUAGAUUGUUUAAAUGAUAAUAUACACAUAGGGUGGGCUCAAAAUUGAACUUAAUGUAAAGUAAUAAAAAUGAAUGUGGAUAUAUUUGUCUUUUUUUUAAAAAAAAAACCUGUUAAAUAGUGAGAUUAAAACUAUCCAUUUGAAACCAA